GCGGAGCAGCCGAAGACGCUCUUAGCAACGAGCAGCUGAAUCGCAACGAGAUUUGCAACCGAUGCGUUUACGGAGGCGGAUUAAAACAGCCACGGUUAGCAGCUGUAGCGUGUUGCUAACGUAAAGAUUACAGUUGCCUGAAAAGGACGCUCACCAAGUCGGACGUUUCCAAAGCAGUGUCGUGAUAUAGGACUGCUCCUCCGCGACUGUAAAGCCAUACUCUCUGGGCUGUGUCCGGAAGAGUAACGAGUCUCGCUAGCUUAGCGAGCAAGACACUGGAAAAAGGGGUGAAACGUGAAGGAAUCGUUGCAAUCGACCCGUUUCCUAGUGGGCAUGGUUCUUGUAGCACAGAUACAAAGGCAUCUGAGAAAUCCGAGGAGUGUCCGAGGCCGACAUAGGUGUAAAUCUUGGACUCGAACUAUUUUUGGCAGAAGAAGCGGCGUUCAUGUGGACGAGUGUUUUUGUACAUGUAACGUUAGUUGACGGAAACGUUCGUGGCCAUUCCUGGUGCUUUUAGAUGGCUGGAGAGAAGAAAGCAGGAGAGAGGCGACGACAGCUAGUCGAUAGUUAACUAGUUAACUUUAAAUACAUUUUCUCUCUUACAUUUCUCAUUGACGUGAGAUAGUUAGCUGGCUAGCAUUUUCCUUGGCAGAAAGGGAUUUUAAAAGAAACAGGUAGCUAGUUCAAUAGCUAGUUGGUUAAACUAGUUUUUAAAAGGAUUUGCAUAACUGCAUGCAAAUUUCUGGGGCAUGUCCAAUGUUGGUAACUAGCUAGCUAGCUUUAACGUUACGUGUGCACAGCACCAUAUCAGACUUACACUGGUGUUUUUGUUUAAUGUUAAGGUAGUUAACUUGUUCGCUGGCAUGUCAAUGGCGUGUUGUUACUGUAGGAAUCCGAUAGUAAAUUGAUCAGAACAUAUCAACCGUCAGAGUUACCAACAUAGUUUAAUAAUUGAUGGUAAGAUUGAGUUGUAUUGGUCUUUUUAACCAACUUUAUCUCGUGACACUCAAUAUUUUUUCAAGAUGUAGCUACCUAGCUAGCUACAUGAAUUAUUCUACUCUUCUGAAAUUAAUCUGUCGCCUCUUUUGCUGGUUGUUUACUUGCAAGAUACUUUCAUUAGACACUGGAGCUGACAAUAUUGAUUUGGCAGUGCAAUACUGAUUUCUUGCAUGCCAAAACCAAUUUAGCUAGCUAGCUAACUGUAUACUGUACUGUAGCUGACUACCUAGCUAGAUUUCUGUAUUACGAUUUGAGGGGGAAAAAACUGCCGAUUUAGGACUAUUGACUGGAACAAUACUUUGUUCCUGUUUAGGUCUAAAACAAUGCUACAAGUUAACGUUACAUUUGCUUGUUAGCUAGAUACGGUUUUUGGGGUAUUUUUUUAUCUUGGACGUUUUUCCUACAAGUUUUUUAAAAACAACUCCACUUUUGGAUGGUGGCUACAACCACACGCUCAGUCUGCAAACAUGAUGAUAUUGAGCAGAAAACCAGAUGGUCCCAUUACUGCAGCUCGACACGGCGAUGGCCUGUAUGAUUCCUACAUGAGAACAGACCACAUUCUGAACGAAGACACAGAAGCGAAUGAGCACAGCCCCUCCGGACGGCCCCCGCUGCCCAAAAACUCAGGUGGAAAUAAGCCUGCGAUGAAGGACCACCAGCAGAGUGGGGUUCAGGGAGGGCAAAUGAGGUCAAAAUACCUGUACGAGGACUCACUGAACAGGAAAUCCAACAGCACGGCGCAACACAAUGGUAGCAGCCAUGCCCCCGUCAAGACCACACCCUCCCUGUGCAAGGAGAGGAGCGUGGACAGUACCAGCUCGGUCAAGUCGUCGGACAGCAACGGCAAGCCAAGUAAGCAGGUUCCAAUGACCCCCGAACAGGCUCUGAAACAGCACCGGCAUCACCUGACGGCCCUGGAGCAGCAGGAGAUCCACAGUUACCCCGAGAUCUACUUCCUGGGACCAAACGCCAAGAAGAGGCCCGCAGUGGCCGGGGGGUCCAACAACGGAGGCUUCGACGACGACCAGGGAGGCUACAUCCACGUACCCCACGACCACCUGGCCUACCGCUACGAGUUCCUCAAGGUGAUCGGCAAGGGCAGCUUCGGCCAGGUGGCUAAGGUGUACGACCACAAAAUGCACCAGCACCUGGCGCUGAAGAUGGUGCGCAACGAGAAGCGCUUCCACCGGCAGGCGGCCGAGGAGAUCCGCAUCCUGGAGCACCUGCGCAAGCAGGACAAGACGGGCAGCAUGAACGUGGUGCACAUGCUGGAGAACUUCACCUUCCGCAACCACAUCUGCAUGACCUUCGAGCUGCUCAGCAUGAACCUCUACGAGCUCAUCAAGAGGAACAAGUUCCAGGGCUUCAGCCUGCCGCUGGUGCGCAAGUUCGCCCACUCCAUCCUGCAGUGCCUGGAGUCCCUGUACCGGCACAAGAUCAUCCACUGCGACCUGAAGCCCGAGAACAUCCUGCUCAAGCAGCAGGGCCGCAGCGGCAUCAAGGUCAUCGACUUCGGCUCCAGCUGCUUCGACCACCAGCGUGUCUACACCUACAUCCAGUCCCGCUUCUACCGGGCCCCCGAGGUGAUCCUGGGCUCGCGCUACGGCAUGCCCAUCGACAUGUGGAGCUUCGGCUGCAUCCUGGCCGAGCUGCUGACGGGCUACCCGCUCUUCCCCGGCGAGGACGAGGGCGACCAGCUGGCCUGCAUGAUGGAGAUCCUGGGCAUGCCCCCACAGAAGCUGCUGGAGCAGUCCAAGCGGGCCAAGAACUUCAUAAACUCCAAGGGCCACCCGCGCUACUGCACCGUCAGCACCCUCAGCAACGGCACGGUGGUGCUCAACGGCGGCCGCUCGCGCCGCGGCAAGCUGAGGGGCCCGCCGGGCAGCAAGGAGUGGGUGACGGCCCUCAAGGGCUGCGACGACCCCGCCUUCAUCGACUUCCUGAAGAAAUGCCUGGACUGGGACCCGGCCACUCGCAUGACCCCCAUCCAGGCCCUCCGGCACCCCUGGCUGUUCAAGCGCCUGCCCAAGCCCGUGCCGGGGGACAAGAGCCUGGUGCCCAAGCGGAUUACAGAGCACAGCACCUCCUUCCCCAGCAUCAUUUCCAAGCUGCCCCCGGCCAUCGGGCCAGCCAGCAACAAACUGAGGGCUAACCUGAUGGGGGACUCAGCGGGGAGUAUACCUUUGCGUACUGUGCUGCCCAAGCUUGUCUCCUAGGGUUUUACAG